CCCGCCACUCAUCUCAGACUCUCAGUUGCAGGAUUUAGAUCAAACUUAUCAUGGAUCGAAUACCCCAAAUAACACUGAUACCAUCUAACAAUUUCAUUUAGCUUUCAACUCAGAUUUCCCUUAGCUCUAUUUUAAAUUUUAAUCAGUGCGAGAAAUCGGUACAAUCUCAACAGCACUCCCCCGACGAUCGACGCGGUUCCGGCCUUAGACUACCUGACAGCGGGAUUGGUUUCAUACUAAGUGAUAAUGUCAGAGAAUCACUCAAUGGAAUGUAAAGAUGGUACUAUAGAAGUCAAAAUGUUCGAAAGUCGCAAAAUAAAAACUGAAGAUGUUACUGAAGAAGUCAAAGUUUCAGAUAUCAAAAUGGGUCCUGAGAAAGAAACCAAGACUCGCAAAAGGAGGCUAAGUACAAUUACGGAGGAGGACCAUAGUCAGAAUCCUGAACAGCGUUAUAAAAAAAUGAUAUUGUCCUUAAAAAAGCCGUCAUACCUUCUAAGGCUUGGCGUUGGUGCACAGAAUGUGCGACGGGAAAAUCGCAACAGGUUGCGCUAUCUGUUGCGCAAGCUUAUGAGACAGCGCAAUUGGCCUGAUGCAUGUGGAGUGCUCAGUGUGUUGCUGAAAGGAACAAGCAAAGAAAGAUGUCCUGUGGCAAAUCGUCUAAAGUAUAUGGUUUCAAUGGAGCUCUUUAAUCAUAUUGAAAGUGACCGCAUAAACCCGAUAAGGAUCAAGAAUGUUUAUGACAUUUGGAUGAAAAGAAUUGCCUCCACCAAAGAUUCACCAUUGGAGGACAAAUUUGUGGUACAUUUGGAGUUCAUCCUUUUUUGUCUUACACGAGGUGAUGUUGACGAAGCACAUCAAGCUGCUAUUAGCCUCAUGCAAGAGCGGGAAUUUGGAAGUCACCCAAUGGCAAACAUGGUCAUGGCAUUGACUUUCCUUCAAUGUUGGUAUUCCAGUAUCCCUAGAGAUAUGCAAUGGGAUGAUUCUGAUCAGAUGCAUUCCCCUGGGCAAUCUGAUUUUUCAGGAUCAAGAUUAAACCAUGAAGUCGAAAGCUCAGGAGCUCCAGAUUCGGUUUAUAGUUACAAGGCUGAUACUCAUGUCAGAUGUGAUUCAGACACCUCUGUCAUGAUUGGUAAAAGAAUGUCUAUGAAGGAUGAUAAUGAGAAGCACAGAGAGGGUCCUGCAGAGGAUGAUGUUAGUUUGCAGAGAGGAAAUCUCUCACAGCACAUUCAACCACAAGCAUUUUAUAUCAACUCUGCUGAAACUGAAGACUCUUUCCCAACUGAUGCUGCUCCUGUAAACUAUGCCUCAGUUUUUGUUGCUCUUGAGGGUUUGGAUUCAUGGUUAUUGCCUAUACGAUUGCCAAACUCCAACGAGGAUUAUGAGAUUUUCAUUAGAGAGCAUAGAAAAUUGCUUAAUGACAACUACAAGAAUGCAAUUAAGUACCUGCGGCUUGCUCUUUACUCAACACCUGCAGUAUCAGCAGCCUUACUUCCUCUCAUACAGUUGCUGCUGAUUGGAGGUUAUGUUGAUGAGGCCUUGAUUGAGCUUGAAAAGUUUUGUAGUAAUUCACCAACAGCGCUUCCUAUUAGAUUGAGGGCUAGUCUUUUGGAGUGUUUUGAUCGUAACAACUAUGUGAUGCUUUCAACCUGCGUUGAGGAUAUCUUGAGGAAGGAUCCAACAUGUAGUCACUCAUUGACAAGACUUAUCAGGAUGCAUCAAACUGGGAACUACUCUUCGGAAUCACUUUUGGAAAUGAUAGCUUUGCACUUAGAUGCUACCUAUGCAGAUAGCAAUAUAUGGAGAGAGUUUGCUUUAUGCUUCCAUAAGCUUUCUCUUUAUGGUGAGGAUCGAAUGUCAAUAUGUCCUGAUGCAAAUGAAGGGGGAAAAAGGCAAAGCUUCUCUGUCCAAUAUAAAAGGGUUCCAGAUAUAUUGACUGUGGGUAAAUCAGGAAAAGCUUGGAUGUUCCGCUGCAAAUGGUGGCUGCGUCGUCACUUCAGCCAGAACGUGCUUACAUCAGAAAUCACUGCAGGUGAUUUGCAGUUGCUAACUUACAAAGCUUCAUGUUGUUGCCAUAUGUCUGGACCAGCAUCGGAUUAUGUUGUGAAGGUAUACACAUAUUUAGAGAAGGCAAAAGAUUAUGGAGAUUUGUUCAAGUUCUUGCAAUUCCACAUGCAUAAUGCUAUCAGACUGACUUCAAAUUUUCAACAUAGAACUAAAUUAUAAAUAAAUUAUUAUAUUUUUGCUUGGAUUGGUUGGGAUCAUCUUAAUUCUUGGUUUGCUCUUGCGUCUUACAAAAUGAAACACACCAAGGCACCAUCAAACCAAGCCUUUUUUAUUUAUAUUUUUUUCAUUGAGAGUACAAGAACAACUGCCUAUUGAAGAUCAAAUACAACAGUUAUAGCAAGACACAAAUAUAGCCAGAAACAUCUUGAUGGUUAUGUAG